AAGAGGCUUGGAAGCUGAUCACGAGCUGUAGUCCUAGUGAGAGUUGAGAGGAAAGAGCACGCUGCACAAAUGGUAAAAUAUCUGUGAGUGAUUGCGGAGCAAGGUUUCGAAAUUACGUAAACCACGGACAGUUGAAGGUUCAGUGCAUUAUUCGGUAAAGCAGAGGAGAGUCGAGGAUGGGCACGAAGGAGAACUCCACGACGAGCGCGGCGACGACGGCGUCCAAGGCCGCGGCCGCAUCGACGCCCGUUUACCCACCAAAGCCGUACGGCAAAAUUUUGCUGACGCUCCAGAACUGUCUACUACCGGACGACAAGCUUACCUCGACGCCGUCCAGCGUCGACGGCCUCGACAAUGAGACCGAGAUCGACCUCAGGAUACUCGGCUGCGAGCUCAUACAAACAGCGGGGAUACUGCUGAGGCUGCCUCAGGUGGCGAUGGCUACGGGCCAGGUUAUAUUUCAACGUUUCUACUACAGCAAAUCUCUAGUUAGGCAUAAUAUGGAAACAACAGCGAUGGCCUGCGUAUGCCUGGCCAGCAAAAUCGAAGAAGCCCCAAGGCACAUACGAGAUGUCAUAAACGUCUUCAACCACAUAAAACAAGUUGGAAAUCAAAAUGUCUAACAUGGGCAGGAAGCUGCAACAGUCCGAGUGCGCAUCAAAGCUCAAUACUUAGUUGCAAAUCAGAGAUGUACUGGCUGAGCCGGGAGUGGACGCGUACCUGUACAAAAAUACCCUACUUACUUUGCGCUUGACUUGGCCGGAUGGUUAAGAGCGUCUCGUCAUCGUCGCCAUCCUGGCUCUCACUCUCUCGGGGGAGGAAGACAAAGAGUCCAGUAUCGAGUUGAACAGAGAGUUGCAAGAACGAUCGGCAGUCAAUUCGCAGCAGUCGCACGAGUCCAGAGAGCCGGCGAGUCGAGAUGGCCUACAGCUGGGACAACCGCUGCAACUUUGUCGUCAAGUACCUCUACGACACGGACAGCAACGGAGUACUCGAGCAGAAUGACUUCGAGUGCAUGGCCCUGAAGAUGACGGUGCUCGAGGGCAAGGGCGUCUUCAACGCCAGCCGCCACCAGGAGAACCUACACGUGAUGCUCUCCCUCUGGGAGGAAAUCGCCCAGAUCGCCGACUUCAACAAGGACGGCGUCGUCACCACCGACGAGUUCAAAGACGCCGUGCAGAAAAGCUGCGUCGGCAAGACUUACGCCGACUUUCCCCAGGCCAUGAAGAUGUUCAUCGACAACCACUUCAAGAUCGUCGACAUGAACGGCGACGGAGUGAUCGGAGUCGAGGAGUACCGGUACAACGCUGUCACGAGAAUUCCGAUCGCCAGCAUCGACGUCAUCGAUGCGGCUUAUCAGAAAUUACUCAACGACGACGACAAGCGCCGCGGAGGACUGACCUUGUCGCGCUACCAGGAGCUCUACGCCUCGUUCCUCGGCGAUCCGACCGACAAGACCCCGGCGGUCCACCUGUUCGGCCCGCUGCCCGAGAACUGUUGAUCAGCUGAUAGGCUUAUUACUUAUAUUACCACACCGACUACCAAACGAAUUGCCAAAUACGUGCGCACACCAAACGUCGAAUUUCAUACUCUUACUAUUGCCAUGAACUUUUUAACGUUGUAUAACCAACAUAACGUACUGACAAAACUUAACUACUUCUAGCCAGAGGACAAUCCUGAUUAGUUAACAUUGUUUUAUCCUGCAGUAUUUUCCACACUGUUUAUCGUGCGUAAAAAGGCUCAUUUUCUAUCUCGAAAGAGCAAGCCAAAAGCUGUACAACAAUGUAGAAAAUGUUGCUGCUGCGUGAGAUACAAGACUUUGAGAGCUCUCAUUCAAGAGGUACUGCAAAAGCCACGCACGCGCGCGCGCGCUAUCGACUCUUUAUAUAUACUAUAUUGUUAUAGAACAUGAUUCGGAAAACUAUGGGAUCCCUAAUUCAACAUUGUGUAUAUUAUAUUAUGUAUGUAAAAUAAUUUAUGAUUUUCAAGAAAUGGCAGUAUUUUGCUUUAAAAUAACUUAUCGACUCGUUUUAUUAUAUCUCUCGCACGAGUUUUAAACAUUUAAAACGUCAAAUGAUAUCAUGGAUUUUUAAAUAUACAAACAUACAAAGUGUAAUGUUUUAUACAAAUUGUACAUUUUUCUGGACAAACACAAGUUUGUACAAGAUUAAAUAGAAAAAUAUAUAUUAUUUGGUUCUUGUUAAACAAA